CAUCUCUCACAACUUCCUCAACUUCUCUUUUACCAAGCAAGUUUGGUCCCUCUAACUCCAGUUUUUAAAGGGCCUUUUCACCGGUUACAAUUGCAAAAAUCAGUUUGAUUGGCGGAAUGACUGCUCUACAAUGCCUAAUCUCCUUCUAAGAAUUCCUCCUUUAAUUAACAGUUGGUUCAUCUGGGUGACUAGAAAUGAAUUGAAACAUGGUCGGAAUGAUGUUCAGAGAACUCCCCUAGCUGUCGUCUCUAUAAUUUGUGUUCACAUCCGAAAAAUUCAGCUGUAUGGUAAAUUGGCAGGCUAUCCUAAUGCUGAUGGUAAUAAGCCUCCUGCCAAUUGAGUUAAGAUAAACGUGUAUGGGAGUUACUUCCCCAAUAUUGCUGGUUGUGGUGGUAUCUGCAGGGACAAUAUGGAAACUUUCCGGGGCAAGCCCUGAACUUGCGUUGGUGGUCUUUAAUUCCCAUGGCCCGUACAGUGCUUUCUUGGUGCAAAGAACUGGGUGGACAAAAGAUUUAGAUGUUUUUCUUUGGUGGUUAUCAAGAAUACCAUUUUCUGGCGGUGGUUUUGGUGAUGCUGCUAUUGCUGAAGGUCUUUCUGAUGCAUUGACGAUGUUCACAGUUUCAAAAAAUGGCAGCCAGAGUCUUCAAACAAUUGAUAGUCAGAAACAUUGCAUCCUAGUUGCUGCAAGCAAUCCUUAUCCGCUAGCCACUACUGUCUAUUUUCCUCCAAACCUAGGCGCUGAGCAAAUCGAGAGUCCUGAAACACAAACUGGAACAUGUCUUGGUGAUGCAGAGAGUGUUGCGAUGUCAUUUGGUCAGUACUUUGUAUCAUUAUCAGUGAUUUGUCCAAGGCAGCUACCAAAACUUCGAGCAAUAUAUAAUGCGGGAAGGCGCAAUUCUCGGGCUGCAGAUCCAACUGCUGAUAAUGUUAAGAACUCUCAUUUUACUGUUUUGAUCUCUGAGAAUUUUAUGGACGGCAGAGCUGCUUUAAGUCAUCCUUUGAUUGGAAAUAUGACAAGUAACCAAGGCAUUGUGAAACUGGAUACGGCUGCUGCUCCUGCUGCUGUUCCAGGGCCUGCUUCAACUUCUAUUCCAUCAGUUAAUGGGUCGAUGAUCAAUCGACAACCUCCCACCGCUAAUAUUCCUUCUGCAGCAAUAAAAGUGGAACCAACUACUGUGCCAGCUAUGGUUUCUGGGGCUGGCUAUCCACAUCUACCACCUAUAUCUAGUGUUUCUUCCCAAGGAGUAACUAGCUUGCAGACAUCUUCUCCAUCUCCCACUUCACAAGAAAUGAAUGUAACCAGUGAAGUCAUACAAGAACAUAAACCAUUGGUAAAUUCUAUGUCACAGGCAAUGCGCCCUGCUGGCACGGCUCAAGCCAAUGUCAACAUCUUGAACAAUCUUUCUCAGCAUCGGCAAGUGAUGAACUCAGCUUCCAUCACUGGAGCAAAUUCUAUUGCUCUUCAAGCAAUUGGAGGAACUCACAUGGCAGUGCACAUGUCAAAUAUGAUUUCUAGUGGAAUGACGUCAUCUGGAAUGCCUGGUAUUACAUCUGUUUCUGGAUCAGGAGCUUUGAUGCCAACGACACAGGUUGCUCAAAACACAGCAAUUGGUUCAUUUACUGCAACCAAUUCACAUGUUUCAGGAAACUCAAACAUGGGUAUUUCACCAGCUUUGACUAAUCUCCAAAACAGCAUUGGUAUGGGUCAGUCUGCGCAAGGUAUUGGUCAAGGAAACCUGUCACAAAGUGGCCAAACAGGGCAAGGUGGGAUUAACAUGGCAUCUGGCAUAAUUAAUGGACUUGGACCUUCUGGUAUGUCUUCAGUACAUGGGACAAUGAUUCCUACACCAGGAAUGUCACAGCAGUCGAGCAUGAAUUCUCUUGGGAUAACUAGCAACACAGCUAUCAAUAUGCCCCUAACACAAGUUCCGGGUGUUCAGCCACCUCAGUCGAAGUAUGUUAAAAUAUGGUGGGAGGGUGCUUUAUCUGGACAAAGGCAAGGACAUCCUGUCUUCAUUUGUAAACUUGAAGGCUACAGGAAUGCAUCUGCAUCAGAAACGCUUGCAGCAGAUUGGCCAUCAUCAAUGCAAAUUGUUCGCCUCAUUGCUCAAGAUCACAUGAGUAACAAGCAGUAUGUUGGUAAGGCAGAUUUCUUGGUUUUCCGGACAUUAAAUCAGCAUGGGUUCCUUGCACAAUUACAGGAAAAGAAGCUUUGUGCAGUCAUCCAACUACCUUCACAAACGCUACUUCUCUCGGUCUCCGAUAAAGCUGGCCGUUUGAUAGGGAUGCUGUUUCCUGGGGAUAUGGUGGUUUUCAAACCACAGGUGUCAAGCCAGCCACAGCCACAACAACAGCUACAACAACAGACUCAACAAAACCAGCUUCUUCAACAACAACAGCAACAACAGUCCCAACCGCAGCAACAACAACCAAUUGCUACCAUGAACCAAACAUUCGUCCAGGGUUCAGUCAGGCCACAGAUGCUGCCUCAAUCCAAGCUUCCAUCCUCAACUUUGUCAAAUGGGGGCUUUAUGCCUUAACUUAUAUAUUUUAAUAUGGAAAAAAAGGAUGGAUAGUAUUAUAAAUAUGUUUAUAGAACUUUUCUGAACUUGUGCUAAUGAAGUAAUUUUGGUAGAUUGAUAUUGAUGCAUUUCAAGUCAUUUUGUUAACUGGAAUCUCUGUUUGCGUAUGUGAAUAAUAGUGUUCGAGGAAUUGUGUUCUAUAAAAUGUAUAGUAGUUAUUUUUU